GAUCACCAAACUAUUACCGCUCAUCGAAUCGCAUUGUUCGAACACAAUACGUUUCCUGUUGUGCUCAUCGCUCUUCCCCCUCUGUACACCCGAUGUACCGCGGCCGGUGACAGCUUGCAAGUCGUUGUGUGAAUUUGUAAAGAGCGAAUGUUCGUCACACACCGAGCUAAUGCAGUUAUGGCCUGAAUUUUUAAAAUGCGAACAACUACCCAGCCCCGAACAUCAAGAGCUGUGCAUGCAAAUACCCACAAUACCGACAGUGAAGACAAACGCCCCCACAGCAAUGGCGGGGGGACCAGCCAUUGCAGCUGCGCCACCUCCACCACCCAGUCAUCAUUUCUAUUGGCCAUGGAUGUCACAGCACAUAAUCAGCAAGGCCAUUAAGCCCACUGCGAUUUGUCCCACAAACUUUACUGUGAAUCCUUUUAAUGCGGACGAAUGUGUGCCGCAGUGCAGCAGAGAUGGUUUCCAUACGACCCAGCAAAAGAAAAUUGCCGAAAGUCUGAUUUUGGGUCUCUCGGCCAUAUGUUUUGUUCUGACGCUCUUCUCUUUGGUCACCUUUUGGGCUGAACCCACACGCUUUGGUUAUCCCGAAAGACCAGUGCUGUUUUUGUGCCUGUGCUAUAAUCUCUUUUCGGUAUGCUUAGAGAGAAUCGUUUUCCAUAACUCCUCCAGGGCAAUGGCAUUAAUGGAAGAUCCGCUGAGCAAGACCCAACAUCCGGCAUGUUCGUUGGCACCACCCUUGGCUUCGUACAUUACCACAAGUUAUUUGAGUCUGUGUGCUGCCACCUGGUGGCUGAUAUUUGCCUUGUGUUUCUAUCUGUCCUCGCACAAGAAAUGGUCUUCGGAGGCAUUGGAAAAGAAAUCGGGCUUGUUUCAUGUCCUGGCCUGGGUACCACCAUUGGCUCCACCCAUUGCCGCGCUGCUGAUGGAAAAAGUAAAACCCAAUGAAUUGACGGGCAUGUGUAGUGCUCCUGGCUUUGUGGAAAUACCUACCAUUGUCCUGUUGCUUCUCGGAUUCUUCUUUACCCUGCGAGCCUCUAGAUCUCUACAUGCCCUGCAACAACAGAUGCUGCCCACAUUUGGUCAUCAAAGAUUUUCACAAAUUCGCAAAAGGUUUUUGAUUUUCUCGCUGCUCUUCUUUGUGCCCACCUUAGUUGGGGUGGUGUCGAGAUUUUUUGAACCCCAUAUGGACUCGGUACCAACAUGUUCGACACGAGAAGAUUGUGCUUCGCCAACACCAUUAAUUGCAUGGCCAACAUUGUUGCGGUUAUUCUUUCAGUUGACCGGUGGUACUUUGACCGGUAUGUGGGUAUGGUCCCGUAAGACAUGUGAGUCCUAUCGCAGCCGUUUGGUGCCAACACCCACAUCUUCUAUGACCAAUACCACCACCAAAUCGGCUGCCUCGCUGCCCAAAAAGCAUUUGCAUACCUCGGGAAAAUCCACGAUUGGAGCGCCUCUAUACAGCGGCAUAAAUUUCCAUAAUGUGCCCGUCUACACCACCACAACCAUAGUGCCCAGAGUGUAGCCUCAAGGGGUCGAUGUAGCUGAUGAUGCUGCUGGCAAACAUCAUACGAGGGCGGGUGUAUAUAAUCCUGGGUAUUUUGUAUUAAUUUAAGCAAUUAAUUUUAGUCGAAGUUGUAAAUAAUCCAAUGAAAGAACUCGAAUGUUGUUUUCUGUGUAUAAAAUAAUUAA